AGAAGAAGAAGAAAGCACAUCGACUGAGAAAGACGUGAGCAAUACGCUAAUACGUCAGUCUUAUUAUUUGUUCUCCAGUUUGAAGUAUUCACGUCGUACAAAAAACAUAUUUGAUUCUUUAUUCAAGUAUAACAUCGUCUCGAUGUGCUAGAAGCACUGUGCCGCUUCUUGUGCUAUCUUCGCUUGUUAGUUAGCUUAGCUCGCUAGUUAGCUUAGCUUGUUAGCUGCUAACAGAAGUUAUCAACACAUCGCUAACUAGAGAUCAAGUGUGAGAGUAAAGUGUUGUGAUUGUGUGAAAAUGUCUACAUUACACAUGUUGAGAGCGUUCGUGGAUCAGCGACUAACUGCUGCCGUUGAAGAAAUAUUUGUGAUGUUAGAAAGAACGAUAGCAGAAUACGAGGCGGAACUUUAUAGAACAAAAGAGGAGCACUAUCAACUAAUGGACGCUGUUUUCAAGAAACAUCAAGAUGUGUUACACAGAACAGACGUCCAGCAGGUGUCAGCAGAGAGUCAAGAAGAGAUUCCCUCCGGGCAGCAGGAGUGGAGCUCCAGUGUGGGACAAAAGGAGCUCGAGCCCCCACACAUUAAAGAGGAAGAGGAGGAACUGUGGGAGCAGCUUCAAAGGUUGGAGGAGGCUAAUGAUGAAGAUGGAGCUCAGUCCUUACAGCUUCAUCACAGUCAAAGUGAGGAGAACAGAGGGGCGGAGCUUGUAACUCAACACAUCACAGAAGCUGAUGGAGAGCAUUGUGAAGAUAUAAAGUCAGAACCAGACAGCAUCUUUGCUCCACUGUCAGACAUGGACCACAUGAUGUCAGACUCUUCUGAUCACAGUGACCACAUCCAAAAACCUAUGGAGAGUAAAAAUGACUCUAAAGGUGAUACGACACAUCACACUAACAACAAACACUUUGACUGCUCUGAAUGUGGAAAAUCAUUUAGACAGUAUAGUAAUUUUACAGAACACGUGAGAACACAUACUGGAGAAAAACCUUUUACUUGCUCUGUUUGUAAGAAGGGUUACUCUACAAAGGGUCACAUGUCCACACACAUGAGAACACACACUGGGGAGAAACCUUUUGCUUGCUCAGCUUGUGCUAAACGAUUCUACACUAACAAAUCCUUGAUAUUACACAUGAGAACACAUACUGGAGAGAAACCUUUUACUUGCUCUGUUUGUAAGAAGAGUUUCUCCAGAAAGCAUCACAUGACCACACACAUGAGAACACACACUGGAGAGAAACCGUUUAGUUGCACUGUGUGUGUUAAAAGGUUCAUGUAUAAGCAGCAGGUCAGUACACACAAGUGUGUAACAGUCAUGGAAGCUGCAGUGAUUUAAAAAAUAUUAAAGGCCUACUGAAAUGUAUUUUUUUUUUUAUUUAAACGGGUAUAGCAGAUCCAUUCUAUGUGUCAUACUUGAUCAUUUCGCGAUAUUGCCAUAUUUUUGCUGAAAGGAUUUAGUAUAGAACAACGACGAUAAAGGUCGCAACUUUUGGUCUCUGAUUUAAAAAGAAGCCUUGCCUGUACCGGAAGUAGCGUGACGUCACCGGAGGAAAGGCUCCUCACAUUUCCCCAUUGUUUACACCAGCAGCGAGAGAGAUUCGGACCGAGAAAGCGACGUCUACCCCAUUAAUUUGAGCGAGGAUGAAAGAUUCGUGGAUGAGGGACGUGAGAGUGAAGGACUAGAGUGCAGUGCAGGACAUAUCUUUUUUCGCUCUGACCGUAACUUAGGUACAAGCUGGCUCAUUGGAUUCCACACUUUCUCCUUUUUCUAUUGUGGAUCACGGAUUUGUAUUUUAAACCACCUCGGAUACUAUAUCCUCUUGAAAAUGAGAGUCGAGAACGCGAAAUGGACAUUCACAGUGACUUUUAUCUCCACGACAAUACAUCGGCGGAGCUCUUUAGCUACGGAGCUAACGUGAUAGCAUCGGGCUUAACUGCAGAUAGAAACAAAAGAAAUAAACCCCUGACUGGAAGGAUAGACAGAAAAUUAACAAUACUAUUAAACCAUGGACAUGUAACUACACGGUUAAUGCUUUCCAUGCUGGCGAAGCUUAACAAUGCUGUUGCUAACGACGCCAUUGAAGCUAACUUAGCAACGGGACCUCACAGAGCUAUGCUAAAAACAUUAGCUAUCCACCUACGCCAGCCCUCAUCUGCUCAUCAACACCCGUGCUCACCUGCGUUCCAGCGAUCGACGGAGAGACGAUCAUAGAUGCGGUCAGCGGCCUGGAGACGGAGGAAGUCAAGGUGAGGUCGGCGGCUAGCGCGUCUGCUAUCCAUCUCAAAGUCCUCCUGGUUGUGUUGCUGUAGUCCGCCGCUAAUACACCGAUCCCACCUACAACUUUCUUCCUUGCAGUCUCCAUUGUUCAUUAAACAAAUUGCAAAAGAUUCACCAACACAGAUGUCCAGAAUACUGUGGAAUUUUGAGAUGAAAACAGAGCUUUUUGUAUUGGUUCCAAUGGGUCCGAAUACUUCCGUUUCAACGAUUGACGUCACGCGCAUACGUCAUCAUACAUAGACGUUUUCAACCGGAAGUUUAGCUGGAAAUUUAAAAUGUCACUUUAUAAGUUAACCCGGCCGUAUUGGCAUGUGUUGCAAUGUUAAGAUUUCAUCAUUGAUAUAUAAACUAUCAGACUGCGUGGUCGCUAGUAGUGGCUUUCAGUAGGCCUUUAAACAGUGAUUGUGCUAAAUGUACUUUAAAAACACAGCAUGUUUAAUAUGAAUGUAUAUUUUAUGUUGUAUGUAGUGCUUCUCAUCUUCUAGUGUUGGCCUGUAGUUACUUUUUAAGUUGUGUGCAUUAAUAAAAUAUAUAUGUGGCUAAUGUUUUAUUUCAUUUUCUCAUUGUUAAAGAGAGAAAAUCUUAGUAUUUUAAUUUUUUUUGUGUCUCUUAUAAAUUCACAGAUUUUUUCCAAUGGAUUUUGUUGA